CGAACGCACUCGGCGCUGAGGCGACGGGUACAGCGCUGCUCUCUCGUACAAGGUCGUCCGACGCUGCUCCAGUUUCACUUUUACUUCGUCCCGUCUUCGAUUGCAGCCGACGCUGUGUCCGCUUGACAGCAGCCGCCCCGGGGCUCUGCUCGUGCUCCAUCGCGGCGUCAGGCUGAUUUUCGAUCGGUGCGUCGAAUCUCGUGCGCAGCCUUCUGUGCACGUCGUCGUGUUUGUAGUGUGCUGUUCCCAGAGAUCGAGAGGCUCGGAGUGAGUUGAGUGUGAGUGCGAGUGGUGCGCCAUAUCCAACGCCGAGGAGAUUUUGCAGACUCGGGAGCCAGAGAUUGCUUCGUGGGUGGGGAGGUAUGUCCUGUGGCGUGGGUCUUCGGGGAAGGAUUUGGAAUGGGGACGUGACGGCGGCCGAGGAGGGUUCGGUGGGUUCUACAUGUCUCAUGGGCGCUUGAAUUCGGUUCCGGAGGAAGAGACCAAGAUGACAGGGGCAGGGGCCGGGGCGGAGGCAGGAGCGAGGAGGACUCGGGACCUGUUGAAAGGGCAUGCGCUGCUGCAGGGCUUUUUUUUGUUUGCGUUGCUGAAUGCUGCUGCCGUGUCCUCAUUGUCGGCCGAUGGAUUGGCGCUGGUCCAAUUCAAGAAGGCUGUCACCAAUGAUCCUUUGGGGUAUUUGAGCGACUGGAAUGAGGCGGACGCUGUUCCUUGUCAGUGGAGCGGAAUCACUUGUCGCAGCGACGACGCGGUCACCGGCAUCAACCUCAACUCGUUGGGUUUGAGCGGAGUUGUUCCGGAGAGUCUCGGACAGAUUAAAACUCUCGUGAACGUGUCUCUCUCGAACAACAGCUUCUUCGGUCCUAUCCCUUCUUCCAUUUUCAACAUCUCGUCGCUCGUACAUCUCGACCUUCAUUCCAACGACCUCGAUGGCUCCAUACCUUCGGGCUUCUCCCCACUGGUGAACCUUGAGUACUUGGACCUGAGUGAAAACUUUCUGGCAGGGUCCAUCCCCGUGGACAUUGGCAAUCUAGCUGCGAUCAGAGUGUUGAAUCUGUCCAGCAACGACUACAGCAACCAACCGUUCCCUCCAGGCAUUGCAAAUUUGACGAGUCUCGAGAUACUUGAGCUGAGUUACUCUUCGCUGGUUGGAGAAAUUCCUGAAGAAUUGGGUAAUCUGAAGAAGCUGCAGGAAUUGUACCUUCAAAGUAAUGGCCUCACUAACCUACCUGCUUCCCUUGGGGGCCUCGACAGUGUCUGGAUUCUUGACCUGUCGAAUAAUGAAAUUAGAGGCACGAUACCGGUGGAGCUGGGAAAUCUCAAAAGCAUACAGGUCGUUCGUAUUUUCAAUAAUCUACUGAGUGGACCACUUCCGAAGGAGCUGGCCAAUGCAAAUGCAACCUUGAUAAAUCUCGAUUUGGGGAACAACUCCUUGAGUGGCCCCAUCCCUGAGGAGAUAGGAGAUCUGACACUUCUUCUUCUGUUACAUUUACAAAUCAACCAGCUCAAUGGAUCCCUUCCUGACAGACUUUUUUCCAGAAUGACUGUUUUGGAAGAUGUUUUCAUCUACAACAAUAGUUUCACAGGCACAUUGCCGCAGGAUCUGGGCGAGGUACAACGAUUCAAGAAAUUUGAUUGCUCUUACAACCUUCUGGAAGGCCCCAUUCCACCGAACUUCUGCAAGGGGGGUAAUCAGAUGCAGAGGCUAGUUCUCAUGUAUAAUAUGUUCAAUGGAUCAAUUCCUGAUGCUUACGCAGUCUGUCCUACCCUCUUUCGUAUACGGCUGAAUAACAAUCUUCUGACAGGUAAUAUUCCCCGAAGCUUUGGAGUGUCCCAGGUUAUAAAUUUCCUUGAUUUGAGCUAUAACCUUCUUAGCGGGUCCAUACCUGGAGAGCUUGGGAACUGCUCUGAACUUGAGAGCUUGAAAGUCUCCAUGAAUCUUCUCAAUGGAACGCUGCCUCCCGAACUCAGCAAUCUGGUGGAACUGGAAGCGGCCGGCAACCAUCUGACAGGAAAUAUCCCUGUGGAGAUUUGCCCGAAGCUGACCAAACUCGUACUCAGUCAGAACAAUCUGUCGGGGCAACUUCCUCUGGACAUUAAUGUUUGCUCAAACCUCGAUCAGCUGUACCUGGACCACAAUCAAAUUUCUGGCGUCAUCCCUCCUGCGAUCGCUCUGAUGGAACAACUUGGUCAACUCAAUCUUGCGCACAAUGAGUUGACAGGUUCGAUACCCCCGGAGCUGUCAAGCUCGAGGAGUCUAUCAAACUUGGAUGUUUCUUACAACGACCUUGCAGGCCCGGUGUCGCUGACCGGCUUCUUCGCGACUCUGAAUUCCAGUAAUUUUGAGGGUAAUCCAGGGCUUUGCGGAGUUGGAGAUGCGAACGUCGUGGAAGACAUCCUCGCGCCCUGUGCCACGUCACCGUCGAGUCCUUCGACCCAGUCGAAGGAGGACGAUGAUCAGAAAGAUCGAACUACUCUCAUAAUACUGAUUGUGGCCGGCGUUUUGAUACCAUUCAUGUGUUCGUUGUCAAUGUGUCUCUGCAUUCGCUCGACCCGCUUCAAGCAAUACAUAGCAAAGAAGGAGGCCAACAAUUGGAGCAUGACCAUGUUUCAGAAGGUUCCUGACCUCACUGUGGAGGACGUGCUGAGCGCAGUAGAUGAUGAAAACUUCGUGGGCAGUGGUGGGUCCGGCAAGGUGUACAGAGGAGAAUUGAGAGUGGGAAAAACGUUCAGAGGCAAAACCAGAACAGAGGAGCAGCCGUUUGUUGUCAAGAAGCUUAAAGGUCCUGUAGAAAGAGGUUCGGGCCUCUUCGACCACGGGUUCAGAGCAGAGGUUGAAACUUUGGGAAACAUUCGGCACAACAACGUGGUCAAGCUGCUCGCUUGUUGUAACAACAAUGACACGAAACUGCUUGUGUAUGAGUUUAUGGAAAAUGGCUCUUUGGCAGAUCAGCUGCAUGGAAGCAAAGGACAUUUGCUGGACUGGGAUACGAGGUAUAAGAUUGCUCUGGGUUCUGCACAAGGUUUAAUGUAUUUGCACCAUGACUGCGUUCCUCCAAUCCUGCACCGAGAUGUAAAGAGCAACAAUAUUCUGCUAGAUGAGGACUUCAAUCCUAGACUUGCAGAUUUCGGCCUCGCUAAGCUCGUUGAGGGAGCCCAACGAAUGAACACAAUGUCCUUCGUGGUGGGAUCCCAUGGCUACAUUGCGCCAGAGUGUGCGUUCUCCAUGAAGGCCAAUGAGAAAAGCGAUGUGUACAGCUACGGUGUGGUUCUGCUGGAGCUGGUCACCGGGAAAAGGGCCAUAGAUGGAGACAAUGACGAAGGGGAACACGUCACCAUGUGGACACAAUGGAAAGUUCAUGAGAAAGAUGGAUGGGUAGGGGCUCUGGACAAGCGUCUGGGUGAGGUCUCCGUGUCCGCUCAAGAAGAGAUGAUCAUGCUUCUCCGGCUUGGUCUCUACUGCACUGCGGUUCAAGCUGACGCAAGGCCCUGUAUGCAGGAAGUAGUUCGGAUGUUGAUCGACGUAAAGGCCACCUCGAAGAUUCCAAUGCAGGGGUUGGAUGGCAAGACCACAACAAAGCUACCGUUCGUUGUCGACGAGAAGCUGCCACCACCCAUCAACCUUCCCAAACCUCAACUUCCUGAUACGCCCAAGUCUCCCCCUCCUCUGAUCACCCUUUGAUAUAAUACGAUCUUCCAUCAAGGGAUACCAUUUUAUUUCUGUUGUAGACUAUACGAGGGAACUGUGAUAUAAUCCCAACGUACGAUGUAGAUACGGUGUAACAGUGUAGAACUUUAGAAGAGAGGAGAGGAGGUGAGGAGAAUGAGUUCUAAGAAACCCAUCACGCUGUCUUGCUGAUGUGCACUGCGGGGACUUGGUCAACAAAAUUCUUUAAAGAUACGUCUGCUUGAAGACCGUGACCCUGACCAGCAAUUUUUUCAAGUGUCAUCAAUUUCCAUCAUGCAAUUCUCGGCUUUCUUUCAGAAUAUCACAGAAUGUCAACGUAGGGUGCAAGAAGAUUGGAAGGAGAUUACAUACUACCGGUCAAAGUUCGCGAGACUCCGAGCUGCCCAACGAGUUGACAAGAAAAGAAGAUUAAAGGAGUUACUGAUUUCUCGACGCUGGUUUAAGAUCGAAAUCACAUCAUCUGCUCUGAGAAUUACGAUUGCCAAGAUAAUCCAGAGAGAUUCCGACUUCCGAGGCUGUGGGAUUUGGAUCUUGCUUUAGUUCGAUCUCAAGAUCUGGAGAUUGCACGAACUGGACAAGAUCAAAAGUUCCCCAACAUGGAGUGUGCCGUGAAGUAGGAAUGGUCUGUAUGCAACACUAGUCAACACAGUUUAGUGACUUACAUACUGAAAAGGCCUGUGGACUAAGUAAUAUCUUCGGACAUUUAUAUGCGAUGAAUGCAGCGGGGAUGUUUCCUCUUCUGUCUGUCGUUGAACUGAUAUUGAGUCUAUUCGUUCAGGCCCUUCGAUGACCAGCUCGAUGACCACUAUAGAGCCGAGGCAGAUCAAGCUGGUCGUGAGAGCCACGUGGCUCUUCCAGAGGAGAGAUGCUGAGCUCUUUACCCGCGUGUCUGAAAGUAUUUGUCAUCUAAAGCCAGCGUACUAUAUCGGAUAUAGUACAGAUAUAUCCUCCC